GAUAGAGGCCAAGGGACAAGAUGCCGUUGCCACGCAACGCCAAGAUGGUAAGCACCAAGCAGCCCCGAGCUGGCAAGGUGGCCCCUGCUACAGAGAAUGUCAACCCAGAGAAGGAGGAGAGUUGUCAGGCUAAGAGGUCUCCAUCCUCACCCCAGGGUGGGCCCAAGAAGAGGUCGGCAUUUGGGGACAUCACCAAUGCUCACAAGAACCAGGUCGUGGCAGGGAAGAAAGAGGCUGUGAAAGUGGCACCACAGAAGGUCCAGAGAGCCCAUACUGCCCUGGGGGUGGCCAAGAACAAUGAGAUCAACUUGAAAAAGUCAAUGAAGAAAACUCCCCCAACAGAGGCUCCUGCACAGCCCAAGGAGGACCCUGUACCAGAGAAACCAGAGCCUGUGAAGCAGGUACCAUCAGUGGAGGACGUAGACAAGGAGCAGUUGGGUGACCCCUAUGCUAAUGCCGAGUAUGCCAAGGAGAUCUUCGAAUACAUGCGGAGCAGAGAGGAGAAAUUCUUACUGCCUGACUUCAUGGAGAAGCAGCCAGACAUCAGCGGGGACAUGCGUGCCAUCCUGGUGGACUGGAUGGUGGAGGUACAGGAGAACUUUGAGCUGAACCACGAGACGCUGUACCUGGCUGUGAAGCUGGUGGACCACUACCUGGUGGAGGUGGUGAGCAUGAGGGACAAGCUGCAGCUCAUUGGCUCUACUGCCAUCCUCAUCGCUUCCAAAUUUGAGGAGCGGUGCCCACCGUGUGUGGAUGACUUCCUCUACAUCUGUGAUGAUGCCUACAAGCGAGAGGAGCUCAUUGCCAUGGAGAUAAGCAUCCUCAGCACCCUCAAGUUCGACAUCAACAUCCCCAUCCCCUACCGCUUCCUGCGACGCUUCGCCAAGUGUGCCCGUGCCUCCAUGGAGACGCUGACCCUGGCUCGCUUCCUCUGUGAGAUGACCCUGCAGGAGUAUGACUAUGCCCGAGAGAGCCCCUCCAAGCUGGCUGCCAGCUGCUUGCUGCUGGCCCUCACCAUGAAGAACCUUGGUGGCUGGACCCCUACACUGGAGUACUACAGUGGGUACCGCUCCCAGGACCUGCACUCCCUGGUGAAGAGGCUGAACUUUCUGCUCACGUAUCAGCCCCGCGACAAGCUGAAGGCUGUGCGCACCAAGUACUCUCACAGGGUCUUCUUUGAGGUUGCCAAGAUCCCCCCUAUGGACAUGCUCAAACUGGAGGAGAAACUGAAGAGCUGCUAGCCCUGUCUCUGUAAAU